CUGUUGUCUCCUACAUAAAAGAUAACACGCAAUGUUCCUACACUGAAUUUUUAAAUCUUAAUCGUAAUGUCGUCCUUUUCUCGCAACCUUUUUCAAAUGAAUGGAGUGUUCUUGACCUCACUUGGGCUCGUAGAUUUUUGACGAAAGCAAAAGAAUUAAAAGAAUAUGACUAUGCAACUAUAGAAGAAAAGGUAAAAAAACAACGUGAAAACAAGGGUUUGCAGAUCUACUGGGAAACAAUAAUCUACGAGCGGGAAAAGAUGGAAGCACAGCGAGCACAUCUCACUGGUAGUAUGAAAGUGUACAGCAAAGUGGCAGAACACAACGCUGAAAUAUUAUCUUCCGAAGACUAUUCCAAUAUCUUUCCUUCAAAUACCUCCAUGUCCCCUGGAAUUGAG